AUUAUAUAAUAAAUGAUGGUCUGUAGUCCAGGGUAUAAAAACUGCGUCCCACGAGCCGAGUUCAGUCACGUGACUUUAGUUCCAUACCCAGGAACUGCAGGAACCGUCAAAGCGACUAGAUGACGUGGAACCUGCGCGAGCUCAGUUUUAAACCGUCACGUUAUUUAAAUAUGGUUCUUUUCUCAUGAGGUUAGGUUCAGUUUGUGGAUGUUCAGAUAUAGCUGUUAUAUUGUGAACGAGAGGAUUGAGCUGUUAUUAAAGGUCGAGAGAGGACCGACUGCUCCUCUUAUCAGUCAUUAUUUAAGACUCUGAUCUCACACCAUGGCUGAUGAACUGAAGUUUCAAGAGUUCGAGGAGGCUGCAGAUCUCCUGUCUGCUGACCCGGGCGCCUCCACAAUCAGCGUCUCCACUCCUGCCUCUUCUGGUGCAGCAGCCACGUCUUCCUCAGAUGUCAGACUGAACCUGUCAGAUGAUGAGGAGGAGAACCAGCAGGAGAGCUCUGGGUUACUCAGAGGUGAGAAGCAAACCAGCGGCUUCUGGACAUUUGAAUACUAUCAGUCAUUUUUCGAUGUGGAUACGGUGCAGGUGUUGGACAGGAUCAAAGGGUCGCUUCUACCUUUACCGGGACGAAAUUUCAUCAAACAUCACAUUCGCAGUAACCCAGAUUUAUAUGGGCCAUUUUGGAUAUGUGCGACUCUUGUCUUUUCUGUGGCCAUUAGUGGGAACCUCUCUACCUUUCUGAGUCAGAUGGGUGACCCACAAUAUCACUAUAGACCACAAUUCCACAGAGUGACGAUCGCAGCAGUCACCGUGUUCCUGUACGCAUGGCUUGUACCGCUGGCUGUGUGGGGCUUCAUGACUUGGCGACAGAGCACCGCACGACAGAUGAGUGCUUACUCUUUCCUGGAGACGGUGUGUGUCUAUGGCUACUCGCUCUUCAUUUACAUUCCUACUUCGAUAUUAUGGAUCAUUCCAUUCGGUUGGCUGCAGUGGCUCUUGAUUCUGAUUGCCAUGUCAGUCUCUGGCGCUGUCUUGGUCAUCACCUUUUGGCCUGCGGUUCGUGACGACACCAAAAUGACGGCGUUCUCUGUGAUGGCAGCCAUCGUGUUGCUCCAUGCACUGCUGGCUAUCGGCUGCAAGUUGUAUUUCUUCGAAGCGGCAGCACAAAUCCCAUCGCUCAACCCUUCCUCAGCGCCUUCAAGCCUGAAUCUCACAGCACUAACCACUCUGAGCAAACCCAAAUAACCCGCCAUGAGCUCAGGUUAGAUGGAAAAUCCCCCCGUUUGCUAACGCACUACUGACUGAACAGCUCAUAAGUGAGAUGGAGAUGACUUCGGCUGCUAUGCACCUGCUAUUCUUUGAUUAACUGGAAGGUGAAGCUUUACUCGGAUUGUAAUGUAUUAGACAGAGGUGGGAGAUUUGGAUGACUCCAUGCUUGGACAAUGAGGAUACUGCUACUCAACACGAUAUGUACCAUGUUACUAUUAAAUAUAGCGUGAAGUCACAGAGUUAGUUCGGAAUGGUUGCUGUUCUAAAAAAAUUUGAAUGAAGGCUCAAAUGUGAAUAAAAUGUAUUACAUCGUGAUAA